UAUAAUGUUUUUACAGUGGUGUAAACAUAGCUACUUAGUAAGCAAUGCAGGAUACCCUAUAAGGAGAGUAUAAACAAUUAUGUUGCGGAAACUAAAACACGUUGGAAAGAAAGCUUGUAAAUAUCGUUUCACUGCUGCAUUGACCCAAUUGGAUGUUCUAGCUACAAAAUCAUGGCAACCAUACAAACUUGUGGUGGUGCUUGCUAGAAAGAAAAAAAGAAAAUCUGGACAGGCACAAAGUUGGCACCCCAGUAUUGAAAACCCUUACAAGGGUGUUGUGAAGUGGCCCUCCCAUAACCAGGAAACACUAGAGAUAAAUGUGACCUUGUUCAAAGACUCUCAUGGUUCUGAUUUUGAACCUAAAGAAUGGGUGAUUGUGUUGGAAAACGAGACUACCAGUGGUAAGCGAAAGGCCAUCGCUACCUCACGUGUUGACAUGGCCAAGUAUGUGUCUGAUGUACCAGCUGCUCAGUUUGAUGAGAUACAACUCAAACCACUGACAACUAAACUCAAAUCUGCGUCACUGACUCUCUCCUUUACGUGUGUGUUUAUAUCUGAAGGCAUGGCUACUGAGGCAGACCUUGCUUCAAUGGCUGAUAGCACAAUGACAGAAGACACCAUUCAUCUUGGUGAUAUAGAUAUUGGAAACAUGAGAGACCUUGAUGAUAUGGAUUUUGAGUUAAGUUCCCGUGCAAGUUCCGCAGAUCGAACGUCGAAACAUUCGGCCACCAACCAAGAGUUUUACGGCAUUGCUCAGCAAAUUGAGAUGCUGACUCAUGGUGUGGAUGAAACAUCUGAGAAACAAAAUUUCGAAGAUAAUGGAAGAGCAAAGAGCAGUCGUACCAGCGUGAGUAGCACCAGCUCUGCUUCAGGUCACCUCUCAACAACUGGCUCAUUCAGUAAAAGUGCUCAACCCACCAUACAACCACUGAAUGAGGAAGUGGGAAAAACUGAUGAUGUCAAUAAAGAUCAGAUGGAACUUCCAAAACGAAACAGCGUUAUAGAUUCUGCAUCAUCUGAGUGUUCAACACCCCCACAAACUAGAAGGAUUCUUCCUUCUAUUGCUUACAUCUCAUCCAAAGAGGAAGAACCAACUUCUUUGAGUCAGUUUUCCCCAUCAUCAGACCAACUAAAACCAAUCCUUAGGUGGUGCCAGAGAGCUACAGAGGGUUACAGUGGGGUAAAGGUUACCAACUUUACAACUUCUUGGAGAAAUGGGUUGGCCAUCUGUGCAUUGCUGCACCACUACUGCCCACAUGCAAUAGAUUACGACAGUUUAGAUUCACUUCAACCAAAGGCGAACAUCAAUAAGGCUUUAAAAGGUUUCCAAUCCCAAGGUGUAGAAAACGCUGAGUCAUUAACUUCAUCUGUUAUAUCGGACAAAACACGACUCGUAACUUUUCUAACCUCCGUUAAAAAUCACUUCCAUGAUUCCCCUGAAAAGGUUGAACCCAAUGCAUGCGAAGAAACUUUAGAGGCCAGUAUUUCACUUUCAACUUAUAUAAGCAGCAACCAAGUUAUCAAACGGACAAAAACUCUCGCUGCUCCAAAACUUUGCGAGAUGGCUCGUAUUAAACUCCUCUCUGAUCUCGAGGAAAAAGAAGAUGAAGAGGAUGUUUUCUCGGCUGACUUAGACAAGCUCCUGGAGGAUUGUAGCUCCGAGAGUGAUCUUUUCCAUCCUCCACCUACUCCCGAGGUUUUUGGAUCAGAAAAAGUUGUAGAAAAGAAGAAGUCUCCAUCAUUGAAGUCCUCAGUGAUCUUGGAGGAUAAAGUUCUCAAUUUUCAUCCGGAAGAGCCAAGUUCACCCAAAGAAAUAAAAGUUGAAAUUGUAAAAACGACAGAGCAUUUGGUUACUUCCACAACCCCUGUUGAAACUAAAUCCCCUCAAAGAUCAACACCGGAUCAAUUGGCACAGAAACUUAAUAGUCCCGUAUCUCCAAAACCAAAGACCCCAGUGGAAAUACAUGCAGAAACGAACCAUAAAGUUAGGAUUUUAUCUGCUGGAGAACCACAAAUUAGUCAACCAAAAACUCCAAAAAUUCCUGACCCAAAAGAAACUAAAACUGUGCCAGACACAACCGAAAUUCCUGCUCCUGUUCUUCGUUCCCCUAAAGUUAAAAAAAAACUUCUGCAGAAUUUACUUCUGCUACUCCUACAUAUGCAAUGGGUGUGCCAAUUAUAGAUGAUGCAAUGAAUACAGAUUCCGAGGCCUUACCUAUCGAUAUUGUUCUUGCCCAGCUUGGGACUCCGUUAAACAAAUCAAAGCCAACAAAGAGCAUUGAGAAGCCCCCUAAAACUGUUAAAACUGUGGACAAACCUUUGCCUAAGUUUCAGAGCAACACAUUAGAGGUUUCUGUUAUAAAGGAAGAGCCCAAGGUUUUAAAAACUGAACCAAGUCCAUCAUUUGAUAUGAAAAUACAUUUUAAUGAAACUGAAGUCAUGAGACCCAAGGUAUCACAUGAACAGAAGGUAUCAACAUAUGAAAAGGUGGUUGCAUCAUGUGAAAGAACGGUUAAAUCACAUGAAAACGGUGAUGUUUCUGAAAAACAAGAUCUAAAGUUGUCAAAAACUGUUUCACAUGAAAAACAUGAUGCUUCAUAUAAAAAUGAUAAUGUUUUAUAUGAAAAAAACAAUUCAUCCCC